CCCCCUCCUCCUCCACACUCGCACACCGGUCAGGAGAGAGAAAGUGGAGAGAGCAUGACGCUCGAACUAAAGAGCUCGUCUUCGUCGUCGUCUUCUUCUUCUUCUUCUUCUCGUCUCUCUGUUGGAGCUCUUCGGCCAAGCUAAAAUCCAUCGAGCUUUUCUGUUGUGAAGAAGUUAAUUCUUGAUUGAAUAAUUCAACUCCUAUCAAGUGAAUUAUGGGUGAGGAAGGUUUGGCAAAUGCAGCUUCUGAAUCAGAAGCAGUAGUAGCACCUGCAGAAAAUGGAUCUGGACCUCAUGACAGCAAUGCAGUGACUGAAAGAAAAACCGAGGAAACUAAUGGAGUGAAAGAAGAGGAAGAUGAUAAAGAUGAAGAGAAAGUGGAGACUGAUAAAACGGGUGUAGGCCGGGAUUUAAAGGAAGAGCAUGAUAAGAAAGAACAAAAAGAAGAGGAAGAACCUAAAACUGAAGAGAUGGAAGAAGAAUCUCCUGCUGGAAAAAAGGAAGAGGUACCCGAGGAGAUGAAGGAAGAUGAAGUGAAUAAUGAGGAGGGAGAUAAGGGGGUUAUUGAUGGGGUAAAACAUGGGGAACGAGAGGAUGAAGAAAUUAAAGAGGAGAAGCUUGGAGAAGAGAAGGAAGAAGAGGCUGAAGAGGAAAAGAAUGAUGCAAAGAAGGUUGAGGAGAGUGAGGAGAAGGAACAAGAGAAGACCGAGAGUAUGGAGGAGCAGACUGAGACAGAGAAGGCUGAACAAAGUACAGAUGAGAAAGUGUUAAAAAAGCGCAGGAGGCAGAAGAAUGCUGGGGGGAAGGUUGGAGGGAAUAAAAAGAAAAAUGACAGGACCCCUAGGACUCCUACGGUAGAUCGUCCUGUACGAGAGAGGAAGUCUGUAGAGCGGUUGGUGGCAUCUAUUGAGAGAGAUGCCACUAAGGAUUUCCAUAUAGAAAAGGGCCGUGGAACACCAUUGAAGGACAUACCCAAUGUGGCUUUCAAAUUGUCGAGAAGGAAGAUGGAUGACACCUUUAAACUGCUGCAUAACAUCCUGUUUGGAAGGAGAGGGAAGGCAUUCCAGAUCAAGGGUAAUAUAUCGAGGUUUUCUGGUUUUGUAUGGCAUGUUAAUGAGGAAAAGCAGAAGAAUAAGGUGAAGGAAAAACUUGACAAGUGUACUAAAGAGAAAUUGCUCGAAUUGUGUGAUGUGCUUGACAUACCAGUCUCAAAGACAUCCACUAGAAAGGAAGAGAUUGUUAUGAAGCUGAUUGACUUCUUGGUGGCUCCCCAUGCCACAACUACCUUGUUACUGGCUGAAAAAGAGUCCGGUAAGGGCCAAAAGCGCAAGAGGUUGGUAAAAGGAACUUCAUCUGCAUCUAAGAGUUCCUCGAAGCGGACAGUCAAGAGUCGAAGAAAGAGUGAGGAUAAUUUGAACAAGGAAAGAAAGAAGCCUGCUUCUGAUACAGAAGAUGAUUCUGAAGAAGAGAAGGAGGAAGAGGGAGAGGAUGAACUAGAACUAGAACAAGAAGAGGAGGAAAAAACUGAAAAUGGUGUUCCAGAAAAGUCUGAUGACGAGAUGCCAGACCAGUCAGAAAGUGAGGAAAAAGAUGUUUCUGAGGACGAGUCUGAAGAAGACACGGGGAAGAAGGAAAAUAGUCGUGCAAAAUCAUCCAGCAAAAAGGAAUCUGUUGGAAAAGCCAAAAGCAGGAAAAGUUUGGUGUCAAAAAAAUUGAGUCCACCACCCAAAGCAACAAAAAGGAAAUCAUCAUCAAAGCGCACAAAAGUCGACCACAGUGACAGUGGUCCUGCGGUGUUCUCUAGGAAGAAGAACGAACAAGUAACCAAGAAGUCUUCGACUCCUCCAAAGUCUGCCUCCAAGGAGAAAACUGGGAAAAGAGCUGCCAAAGGAAAUGUCAAAUCAAAGGGAGGGACUCUCAAGCCCAGCGAUGUUGAGCUUCGAAAUGCAAUUUGUGAAAUUCUUAAGGAAGUUGACUUCAAUACGGCCACUUUCACUGAUAUUCUGAAACAGUUAGCCGAGCAAUUCGACACAGAUCUUACACUGAAAAAGUCAUCUAUAAAGCUGAUGAUCCAGGAAGAGCUCACUAAACUUGCCGAUGAGGCUGACGACGAAGAUGGAGAAGGCGAUGCUGAGAAAGACGAACCACUGGCAGAUGCCCCUGAAGUGAAAACCUGACCUGCAAAAUAUAGUGUAGGUAGUGGUAGUUUUUGUGCCUAGUUUUCCGCAUUGUGCACCUUGUACCGACUGUUUAGUAGUUGUGAAAGAGCCAGCUUUCAUGCAAAGUGAUUUGUACAUGCUGGCAAUCUAAUUUAUAAAUUAAGAAGAGGAUGUAUCGAUAACUCAGCUGCUUGGCAGUGCUGCAACUAGUUUAUGUUCAAAUUCGAGAA